ACUGAUGUUGGCGUCAGUUACCUCGCUGUGAACUCUGUUAAGGAUUCUUUUAAAAAUAUAUUUAUUUAUUUUAUUUUUAAAACAGAGAUAAUAUAUAAAUAAUACAGUUUGUCGUGAUAGUAGUUAAAAUGGCGAAUAUGGGUUUCGUACUAGGCCUUAUUUUUAUUUGGUUGAGUCUCUGUGGCCCAGUAACUGUUUCUGCGUGCAGCAGACAUUGGCUUGCCUACACACUGCAGGAUCACUUUGACGGACCAUCAAUGAACAUGGUGCCCCUGAAGUUUUCGGAGAGCAGAACAGUCAUUGUUGAAAAUGAUUGCAUCAGCAGUGUGGCGUUGUACAUGGGAAGCAAGCUUUUCCUAACAGCACAUGGGUUUGAGGGAUCUCACUGUCCCAUAUAUUUUCCUGUCGACUAUGAGGGUCUGCUUGCUCAUGUGACAUCUGCAGAGUUCGUGCUGCAGCACGUUGUGAUGGCCAUCAAUGGCCGGGUUUAUCUGUACAAUACAGAAGACUUCACCUGGAGAGCAGCUAAAGGUGUGGAGUCCAUGGUGACAGAGAUCUCUUCAAAUCAGUGCUGUUUCAGUGAGGACCCUUCUUGUAUGGCAGUGAGUUCCACGGUUCUUGCAUACAACCGAGGAGAUCCUGUCUCCAGCACGAGAAUAUUCUUCUCUUCUGAUGGGGGCUACACCUUUACAAAGUUCACAUUGCCUUCACAUUUAAAGGGAGAUGUUGGAGGAGUCUUUAACAUGCCAACGUUAUCAACUUUAUCUGUGCUGCUCAAAAACUCUGAUGAUAUGGCAUACUUCAGCUACUGGACGUCGGAUUUGAAUUUGACUUCCAAAGUGUUCCCUCUGAAGGAGUCCUUGGCUGUGCUGUCAGUGAUCCAGCCGGCAGGGAUGAAAGGGAGUCUGGUGAUCUGGACAGAGCACUCACUGCUCUUCUCUCCAAACGACGGGCAAGUCACGCAGCCCAUUGCUGUGAUUGGGAAUAACGAAUUCCCAGGGCCUGCUGUCACCCUCCAUGGUAUUGCCACAACAGGCAGCAGUGAGAUUGCUGUACUAACCAGUGAUAAGCGUCUCUUCUAUGGGAGGCUCAGCAUGGAACCUGUCAUCGUUGAGUUUAAAACCAUAAGUGACAUUUCUGCUGGGAUGGGAAUGAGGUUCAACACAUUUGGAGAGCUGGUCGUGAUCCUUCCUGUUGAAGAUCCAGCUGCAGGCUGUGUGGAUUUCCUGCACUGCCUCGUCAUCAUUCAGCAGGCGCUCAUGAGCGUCACGCCUCCUCUAGCCACCUGUCCGGUGGAGCUGAUGUCCAGUGAAUUUGAUCAGCGUGUGUAUUACAUUGACAUGAGCCAGUCUUUGCAACUGUCUGCAGUUUACGUACCCAAGGCGUCUGCUGAGAUAUUUCCUUUGGUGACUGUGACAGACCCACAUUUACUGGCUUUCCAAGCUGUUUCAUACAUCGACGGCUUAACUUCCGAGGGAGACAAGAAAUACAAGCUGAAUAUUGUAUUGCUUCAGCAGCUGAUUACAAAGAUGGCUGAUCCAACUUUUUCUCACAGUUUACUGAAGGGAGGCAUUUCCACCCUCACGGUCGACGUGCUGGAUAAAGGCCUUACCUGCAAGGACAUGCAUCCGCUGAACGCAUUUAUCAAUGUUGGAUGUCCGCCAAACAAACACAUCAAAGUUUUAAGGAAUGUGACAGUCUGCUCCAAGGGACAGUUUAAUCAGGAAACACUUCAGAACAACUUCACCUACACCAUUUCCAAGAAGACCUAUGACCCCCAGUAUCUGUAUCGUCAGGAUUCAGCUGCAGAAGACCUCCGUGUGCUAUACAGCUUUGUUGAUCUACAGUGCCCCCUGCUGGUUUAUGUCGAUAAUCCUUGGCUGCCGCUUUUAGAACUGUGGGAAGGCAAGACGUUUGUAGAAUUUGUCCCAGCGGACUUUGUGAUGUUCGAAGUCCACGGGAUGUACAAUUAUGAGUACCAGCAGUCUGCGCGCAGUGCCGGGUGCGUGUCCCAGCCUCAGACCUGGAGAUCAAUGCUGAAAACCCAGUCUCGGCCCAACCCUCACACUGCCUGGAACAGAAAGAACUACGUGAGCUGUAAAGAUCCGUCCGGGCCUCCUCUGACAUCACCGGAGCUGGAAUACGAGGUUCUGAAAGCCGGUUCUGGGAACAUGGUCAUGUUUCCCAGCUACAACGGGUUCUAUAUCUUCAAAGCCAUUGUGGUGGAUCCCACAUACAGUUUCUGUGAGCUGUCUGUCACCUUCAGCGUGUACGUGUACGGUGCCUUCCCGGAAGCGAAGUUUGACUCGCCGCUGACCCUGGUCGUAUUCCUGGUCAUUUUCGCAGGGAUAAUGCUGGUCGGGUUCUACCUGCCGUGGUUCCUGCUAAAAAGACCCAACCCUUAACGUACAAAGACGAGCCUCUGCUCUGCUGUGCUGACCUGCCGGGAGCUCUCACGACAAAGCAUACAAGGCAAUGGAUGGGCAACUCCGGUUCUACAAUGAUGUGAAAUAACAGCAACUACAGUUCAGAUUUCUAUAACGCUUUUCAUCACAAGGAUCCCAAAGAGCUUCACGCACGCACGCAGGCACGCACACGCACACGCACACACACACGCACACACCGUUAAACCAUUCAAUUUAAAACAACCCGAUACAAAAUGUAAUCAAACAGACAUUUAAAAAAAAAGAUAAAAAAUGUGUUUUAAUUGUAAAAGAUGAAACGCUAGUUUGUAAAACUAGAACAAUUAAAAACAGCCUAUUAAAAAAAAAAACAUGACUAGAAUUGAAUUAAUAAUAAGCUUUGGGAUGUGGAUGUGGAGGGGUUUAAUUUCACAAUGAAGAACGUGGUUGGAACAAAGACGUGGCCUGGAAGCCCAUUCCAUUCCAGAUAUGAAAGGGUUAGAAACAGUAAGCAGCAGCGUGGUGUGUGGAAUAUCCCUGGCUUCUGAUUCUGCACAUCCACCACCCUGAGGAGAGACGCCAAGCCAGACCACUCGGACUGUAGAGUUUCUGAGGUUUGCUCUUUCAUGUGUCCUUAAUGACAGCGUACACAGCUGUAUCUGAUGGCAGCUUUGUUUUCAAUUAAACUUGACCUGUUUCCUGUAAAAAAAAAAACAUGUGCUUUUGUUUCUAUGCUCUCUGCUGCUCUAAAAUACAACAAUGUGAACUUAAAAAGAAAAAAAAAGUAUUUGAAGAAUAAACUUUUAUUUUCACAUGGGCUCAUAAGUAUAACAUUUCCAAUCUCUCUCUCUCUCUCUCUCCUUUACCUACAAGCCUCCUGACACCACCUUGAUAAGGUAAAAGGAAACAUUCUCUUAGAUACACUUUGAAUAGAAACAGUGUCACAGUAACAUGCAAUGAAUACCCUACUCUCCACAGUUACACACACGUGAUACACACUGCCCACUUGAACCAAUGUACCUUUUGCGCCAUUCUAAUUAUUAAGUUGUGAAACUGGAGGCGGGUUUUAUAAUGCACUGUUUUUGAGUAAAUACACAAAGCUGCAGCAUUUGUGAUGUCUUCUUCUGCUACCACUGGGACUGUUUGGCUGUUUCUAAAGCAAGCUGAUGCACUAGUUUGUGCGUCUUUUUAAACACGCCACUGUUAUGAACUGCAGAAUUCCGGGCGGAGCGGCUGUGCUUCUCUGCAGGCAAAUAAAUAGGUGGAAGAUGCAUGAACUGUAACAACAUGAUUAUGUAAUGCAAAGCUAAUCAAUCUGGCUAGUUCUUUAAGGUACAUGCAGUGC